ACGACUCAUUGCGUAAACUAGAACAUAUUGAUUGAGAGGUUUUUGGUAUGCAUAGGUCGGUGAAAUUCAACAGUCGCAUGAUAUUCACACAAAUAAUCAUCGAUACAUUCAUUCCACAGGGGAGAGACAUAGAAUAGAGAUCCAUCUCAAUUUGAUCCACUUUUUCUUGAGUUUAAACAAGAUGAAAUCCCGUUUGGCUCCCGCGAAUUGGCCGUUUGCCGCCGUCCUCUUCUUCUGCUCUUUAAUCUCCGAUCUCUCUGCUGAGGUCCAAAGAGCAGGAGAAAGUGGAGAAGUGGGUUCAGGAUAUCUAAACGUUGGAAGAAGAGCUUUGAUGGGUUUUAAGGAGACUCCUAAUGGUGGAAAUAUUACCUAUGAAUGCUCACCUUCAGGUCCUUGUGUUCCCUGUGCCUACUCUGAAAAGAAUGAUGAAAAGUAUCGCUGCAGUGAAACUGGAUAUCGUAUCCCCUUGAAAUGUGUGGAUACUGGGUCUGAUUCAAAGGAGGCAAAUGGCAAGAAAUUGCAGAAAGGUCGAUCUGCUCUUGAAAGCAUGAAGGUUAUGCAGCCUGUCAAUAUGAAUUCUGGAGACAAGCUUACUAUAAUGGCAUCACAGAGACAUUUACUCGAUGAGUCGACCACAUCAGAUGAUGGCAGACAAGCUUAUAUUACUUACAGAAGUUGUAUACCUGCUGCAAAUGAAGAAAAGUUGUCUGUGCUGGGUUUUGAGGGGAUUAUGGUCGGUUUGCUGCUUAUUGGUGGUUCAGCCAUAUACUUCAGAAGGAAGAGAGCCAACGCUGUGCCAGGGGGACAAGCCAGAGUACCUAAUAAUUCUAGGUUUUAAAUUAGUGCUCCGUGGCCCUCACUGUCAUUCAUAAGGAGGAAUUAGUUGAGGAAUUUUCCCGAAAACCUGCUUCCCUCCUUUCCUGUAUCACUUUUAUUCGUGGUUCUUCAAAUCCUUUUUGCAUGUAAUUUGCGCUCCAAUUACCUGCUUUACCUGUAAUCUGAUUGCCAUUUCAAGGUGGCUGCUUCCGAGUUAUGCUAGCAAAAAAUGUUGCAGCAGUAA